AUGCUUUCCCCCGCCGCCCACUCCUCCUGUCGCUCUAGCUUUCCCCCGCCGCCCACUCCUUCUCCCGUCGCUCUCGCUUUCCCCCGUCGCCCUCUCCGUCUCCCGUCGCUCUCGCUUUCUCCCGCCGCCCACUCCUUCUCCCGUCGCUCUAGCUUUCCCCCGCCGCCCACUCCUUCUCCCAUCGCUCGCGGUUUCCCCCACCGCCCUUUCCUUCUCCCGUCGCUCUUGCUUUCCCCCGCCGCCCACUCCUUCUCCCGUCGCUCUCUCUUGCCCCCGACACCCACUCCUUCCCCCGUCGCCGUCCCUUUUCCCCAUCACCCUCCCUUUCCCCCAUUGUCAUUGCUUCCCCCAUCGCCCUCAUUUUCCCCCGUCGCCCACUCCUUCCCCCGUCGCCCUCAUUUUUCCCCGCCGCCCACUCCUUCCCCCGUCGCCCUCGAUUCCCCCCGCCGCCCACUCCUUUCCCCGUCGCCCUCGAUUUCCCCCGCCGCCCACUCCGUCUCCCGUCGCUCUCUCUUGCCCCCGACACCCACUCCUUCCCCCGUCGCCGUCCCUUUUCCCCGUCACCCUCCCUUUCCCCUAUUGUCAUUGCUUCCCCCAUCGCCCUCGAUUUCCCCCGCUGCCCACUCCUUCUCCCGUCGCUCUCUCUUGCCCCCGACACCCACUCCUUCCCCCGUCGCCCUCCCUUUUCCCCGUCACCCUCCCUUUCCCCCGUUGUCAUUGCUUCCCCCAUCGCCCUCCCUUUCCCCCGUCGUCCUUGCCCUCCCCGUCGCUCUCGCAUUCUGUCUUCGGUCGCGCACUGCUCGUUGA